UUUUAUGAUAAAAAAAAAAAAAAAGAUUUAUGUUAGUUCAUGAAGUGCAAGUGUUAACCUUUGACUUGUGUUUUGGAACAUUAUGUGUUAUUUAGUUGUUUAUUAUAAAUCAUAUCAAAGAACUUUAGAGUUUAGAGGAAUCAAGUUGGCAGAUUAAACUUAACUUUAGCACUUUUUCAGAUCUAAUUCAAUUGUUUUCAUUAAACUGCAAUAAAAAAAAAAAAAUAUCCUAUGAUUGAUUGUCAGAAAUGAGCCGGCACAUUUGGUAAUAGUAAUGACUGGUGUGUAAUUAUUUAAGGAAAAACUCUUGUGGAGAAAUCGAAUACGGGUUUUAUUUUAAUAUAAAGUAAGUCGUUAUCAUCGACCUUACUUGUACAUAUAAAUUCAUUAUCAUUAUCACUAUUUAGUGCUGCUUACCAAAAAGGGUCGGAGUGGUGGUCUAAUGCUAAAUGAGAGGAUGGACUCGGGUCCUGAAGCAAGGCUAAUUGUAUGUGAAGAUGAAAUGGUUGAUCACUUUAAGCAAAGAGUUUGGGAAGAAUCGAAACGAGUAUGGGCAAUUGCAUUCCCUGCAAUGGUGUGUCGUGUAACGACGUAUGGAGCUUAUGUGGUUUCACAAGCUUCAUUUGGGCAUAUUAGAGAAGUGGAUCUUGCUGCUUAUGCUCUUGUACAAACUAUACUAGUGCGCUUUGCCAAUGGUAUCUUGCUAGGCAUGGCAAGUGUUACAGAGACUCUUUGUGGAGAAUCCUUUGGAGCCAAACAAUAUGACAUGAUGGGAGUGCACUUACAAAGAUCAUGGAUUGUAAAUACUGCAGUAGCAACAAUGAUGGUGCCAUUCUACAUUUUCGCUACACCUCUCCUAAGACUUCUCGGACAAGAAGAGGAUAUUGCUGUGGCUGCUGGAAGCAUAUCUUUGUGGUUCAUUCCCAUUAUGUAUCUCAAUGUUUUUGGCAUGACUAUGCAGAUGUAUUUGCAAGCACAAAAUAAGAAUAUGGUGGUUACAUGGCUGUUUGGGAUAUUGUUUUUUGUUCAUGCCCUACUGUCAUGGAUAUUUGUGUACAUAAUGGAUUGGGGGCUUCCUGGGGUAAUGAUUGCCCUGAUCAUUGCAUUUGCGGUGAAGGUGCUUGGUGAGGUUGUUUACAUAUUUGGAGGUUGGUGUCCACUUACAUGGAGAGGAUUCGAUAAAGCUGCAUUCACUGGUCUUAUGCCUGUCCUGAAGUCCUCAACUUCUUCAGGUGUAAUGCUCUGCAUCCAGGUGUGGUACAAUGCUAUUUUAGUUCUAUUAGCAGGAUACAUGAAAUAUGCAACAGUUGCCAUUUCUGCCUUCUCAAUUUGCUUAAAUGUGAGUACAUGGGAACUCAUGAUAUGCCUUGGCUUUCUGGGUGCUGUAUGUGUCCGGGUUUCAAAUGAACUAGGAAGAGGAAAUGGCAAGGCAGCGAAAUUUUCAGUUGACGUGAUCUUGUACACCUCAGUUAUUAUUGGCAUAUUCUUUUGGAUUUUAUGUUUGGCAUUUGGCCAUCAAAUUUCAUACUUGUUUACAAGCAGUGAAGAAGUUGCAAAAGCCGUGUCUGACCUUUCUGUCCCCCUUGCAUUUUCGAUUCUACUAAACAAUGUUGGACCAGUACUAUCAGGAGUUGCAAUUGGCUGUGGAUCACAAGGAGUGGUUGCAAUUGUUAAUGUAUGUUCAUAUUAUGUCAUCGGGAUCCCGAUUGGAGUUCUACUGGCAUAUGCUGCUCAUAUGGAGGUUAAAGGAAUAUGGAUAGGAAUGAUGUGUGGAAUGGUAACACAAACGAUUGCGCUUCUUUACCUUACAUGGAAAAUUGAUUGGGUGGACGAGGUUAAAAAGGCGUCGAAACGUCUGUAUCAUCUUUCCUAAUAAGAUAGAACUUUACCUUGAAUUCUUAUCAAUGAUUUGAGAAGAAAGUUCACUAUUAGACUAUUGUCACCACUUUUACUACUUCACAAGCUGUAAACAAGUUCGAAAGGCUUGUUAUUGCUACAACCUCGGGGUCAUAAUUCAUCGAAUAUGGUUUCAAAUUUCAUUUUUGAAGAGUUGCAUUGCAUUGCUGAACUUAAUUAUCUUACUUCCCAAGGUUUGUCACAAGACUCGCUACCAAGAGCAAGAAGUUCGCUGACUUAUGUAGAGCAAGAGCUUGUAGAAAGAAAGGAUACUUUUUGUUUUUUUGGAACGGAAAAGGUUAUUUAUUUUUGUAUGUAAUAACUAGUUUUUUGCUCGGGCAAUACCAUUACUUAUGAGAAACAUUUGUGUUUA